AUGAAGGUCUCCGCACUACUUUCUCUCGUCCCUCUGGUCGCCGCCAUGCCCGGCCGCCGCCAGGAAUCCGCUUCCACCGGCUCCUUCGGCGUCACUGCUGCUCGCUCUGGCUCGCCCAUCCACUUCCUGCCUCUGACUGCUGCCGGCUCCCACUUCUAUCUCGGUGGCAAGAGUCAGACCUAUAUUCCCGAGGGCGUCCCUCUCAGCAAGUCGACCAACGACACCAUCCUGACCGGCUCCCACUACCUUGACGUCGUUGUUCCCGGCGGCCAGGAGAUCUACGGCUCCUCCGAGGGUCCCUUCAAGUACACCCCCGGCAAGAACGGCGGUCUCGGCACCUGGAGCUACGGCUCCGGCUUCAUUGCUUGCCCUACUGCUUCCAAUGCCACUGCCACCCCCUACAGCCGCCGCCGUAUCGGUCCUGCUGCCCCCAAGUGGCAGGUCUUCUCUGCUCAGAAGAACGCCACCGUCCCCACUGGCAACAUCAACGACUGCCUCGGCUUCGACGCUCUCGCUGUCCCCAUCAACACUACCACCACCCAGCCCACUUGGGAGUACAUCUAA